CAUGGAGGACAUUUAUGACGCCCAUCAGGCAUUGUACUAUCCCAAGACGUACUACGAGGACGUUGCCGCCUUCUGUGCAAGCUAUAUGACAGACCUCUUUGCUGACGACGGUCCAUAUACUCCAGAGCAGCACAGCUGGUGGCAAUUCCGUCUCGAAAGUCGUAUCCAACGUAUUCUCCUGGAUUCCCGGCUGGACGACAGUGUGCCUCUCAGCGCUAUGGUCUUGCUCGAGAAUCUAGUGCGUAAGGGCAGGCAACAACCCCUCCAACUGCCACCCUACCCUACUUCAGAGAGGAAGACAAUCCACAAGUUACCACUCGCUGACUUCUGGCUCGAUGUCCUCGGGAAGGGCUUAUUCAGCUGGCCGGACCUCGAGCGGAUGGAGGGCAAUCUCAUCGCUCGGCUCACCCCGGACACCAAUUCCGGAAAGAUCACCCCACAAACCAGCUCACUGCUCAUGCGCACCAGAGCGCGCAUCCACCCACAACCCUUCCUCAACAUGAAAGCGAACAUGUACGUCUUCGUGUACCUGAGGAUGAGCCUGCGUUCUAAGCAAUUCUGCGGUCCGCUGGAUAGAGAGUGGCCGUUGGAGUUUCCGCAUUGCCAUGAAGAGAUGAGGAGGAGGGAGGAGAUAUUCAGCGCAGUGAAGGUGUUCGAGUCUGCGUGGGCUGAGUCCGACGAUCGUACGUUCUACAAGAUGUUUGUUGGAGGGGUGGGUUACUCAGAUGAAGCGUCGGCCUUGACGGGAUG